CGCUGAGUUCACUCGUCUCUCUUCCUGUCCCCAAGAGAGUCACCCCCCACGAGCCAUCACCAGUUCACUACCCCUCCCUCAUACCUGUUACCCCGCCAUUCGCUGCAGUCCGCCGCCAUCAUGACUUCCAAGCCUACUCGCAAGUUUUCCACGGGCGCCACGUCGCACCGCAAGAGGCAGAUGAGCCUUCUCGUCGAGAGGGAAGGCCCCGUCAGCGCUCCUCUUCAGACCUUCUACCUCGGUAUCUCUGCCGUCUUCGCCGAUGACCACACUGCUGUCAUUGCCCUCGCUAUCCAUGACACCGUCUACCUCAACGACUUCUCCAUCAAGCACAUCUCACUCGAUGAGGACAUGCGUGAGGGCCAGGACCUCAUCGCCGACCACAUCAUCUCCGAGGUCGAGACUUAUGAGCAUGAGAACUUUGUCAAGUUCAUCGGAGCUGGUCUCCCCGUCACGCUCAAGUACAUGAGCCCUUCUCUGUGCUCGCGUCUCUGGCUCGAGCUCGAUGUUGUCCCCGUCGUCCUUAGACCUGACCACGAGGCCAAGGAGAAGAACUUCUGGGAUGUCAAGCGUGUCGAUGAGCAGGCCGACUCUAUGGCCCGCAAGUGUAUCCUUAACUUCGGACCCUCGCUGGUUCCUCACCUCCAGGUUGGCUACCGAGGCAUUGUCCAGACUGACGCUGGCUUCCGUGUCCACCUCACCUCUCUCCAGAACCACAAGGACACUUGCUCUGCUGCCACCUGGGGUGCCAUGCAGUUCUACGCCAACCAGCUCCGUGAGAAGAAGACCAAGAUUGCCUUCUUCAGCGCCACUCCCCAGGGUGGCGGUGUCGCUCUCAUGCGUCAUGCCCUCGUCCGUCUCAGUCGUCUCCUAGGCGUCGACGUGACUUGGUAUGUUCCCAAGCCCCGACCUGGUGUUUUCCGAAUCACCAAGAACCAGCACAACAUCCUCCAGGGUGUCAGCCACCCUGACCAGCGAAUUUCGGACCCUGAGAAGGCCGCCAUCACCGACUGGAUCGAGGACAACGCCAACCGAUACUGGCUCUCUGAGGGUGGCCCCCUCCGCCCCCCUGAGGAGGGUGGUGCCGACAUCAUCUUUGUCGAUGACCCCCAGAUGCCCGGUCUCAUCCCCCUGAUCAAGAAGAUCACCCCCGACCGCCCCGUCCUCUACCGAUCUCACAUCCAGAUGCGAAGUGACCUCAUUGCCAUUGAGGGCUCUCCCCAGAACGACAUCUGGAACUACCUCUGGAGCAACAUCCGGGAGUCGGACAUGUUCAUCAGCCACCCCAUCCCCAAGUUUGUUCCCCACAACGUUCCCAAGGAGAAGGUCGUCUACCUCCCCGCUACCACCGACUGGAUCGACGGUCUCAACAAGCCCAUGAACAAGUGGGACACUGGCUACUACGCCCACAUCUACAACCAGCAGUGCCUGACCCAGCGAAUGACUCCUCUUGCCUGGCCCACUCGCAAGUACAUCGCCCAGGUUGCUCGAUUCGACCCUGCCAAGGGUAUCCCCACCGUUAUCGACUCUUACGCCGAAUUCCGCCGCCGCUGCGACGAUGCUGGCAUCACCGACAUUCCUCAGCUCGCUGUCUGCGGCAACGGCUCCAUUGAUGACCCCGAUGGUGCCAUCAUCUUUGACCAGACCAUGACCCAGCUGGAGGACCACUACCCCCACCUGAUCGAGGAUGUCAGUGUCAUUCGCCUGGAUGCCAACGAUCAGCUCCUCAACAUGGUCAUCGCCAACGCCCAUGUCAUUCUCCAGCUCUCCACCCGCGAGGGUUUCGAGAUCAAGGUCUCCGAGGCUCUCCACGCCGGUGUCCCCGUCAUUGUCUCCAACGAAGGUGGUAUUCCUCUCCAGGUCAAGGACAAGGUCAACGGUUACCUCGUCACCCCCGGCGACUACAAGACUGUUGCCGGUCACCUUAUCGACCUCUUCACCGACAAGGACCUUCACGCCAAGAUGUCCCACGAGGCCAAGACUGGUGUCAGCGACGAGGUCGGCACUGUUGGCAACGCCCUCGGCUGGUUCUACCUCGCUGCCAAGUGGUCUGAGCUGGGCACCAAGCCCGGUCUGCGCGGCGAUGAGAAAUGGGUUAACGAUAUGGCCCGUGAGGAAGCCGGCUUCCCUUACGCCGAGGGCGAGAACCGUCUUCCUCGCCACUACACUCAGCGCAAGCCUGAGGAUGAAGGCGAGAAGGAGGAGGCUGAAGAAUAA